AUGUUUGCUAAAGCCCUUCGCAGCAACGCCCACGUCGUCGCCGGCGUCGGCGCCUUCACGCUCGGUAUCGCCGGCGGCCUCCACCGCCCCGCGACCGAGAGCGCGUCGACGCACUCGGCGCUGCAGGAGAUCGCCCUGCGCCUUCGUGCCAUUGAGCAGGACCUCGGCCUCAAGUCGCCUGAAGACGCCAAGCCCAAGUACAACAACUACCCGGUCUUGUCGCCGAAGCACCGGUCGCUCAUGGCCAAGAACCUCACGCCUGAGAUCUACCACAAGCUCGCGGGUCGCGCGACGGCGUCCGGCUACACGCUGGACCAAGCGAUCCAGACCGGCAUCGACACGCCGCACCUUGGCGUCGGCAUUGUCGCUGGCGACGAAGAGUCGUACGUGACCUUCAAGGAGCUCAUGGACCUC